AGGCUCCUUCACUGUUCCACCAUGAGUCAAUACGUGCACGUUCCCAAGUCCGAGCUGGACGAGGCGCAGCUUCGUGCUCUGGAAGAGCAUGAGAUCAGUCAGGGCCCGCUGUCGGUGUUGCAGCAGGCGGUGAGGAACCACGCCCAGGUCCUCAUCUCGCUCCGCAACAACAAGAAGCUGCUAGCGCGCGUCAAGGCUUUCGACAGGCACAGUAACAUGGUUCUGGAGAACGUGAAAGAGAUGUGGACCGAGGUCCCGAAAGGAAAGAACAAGAAGCCCGUCAACAAGGACCGGUUCAUCAGCAAAAUGUUCCUGCGUGGCGACUCCGUAAUUCUUGUCCUCCGCCAUCAGGUAUAACGGAUCUGCGUUCUGCGAACAUCCUCGCAAAUUUCACGGGGAAAGACGCGCGAAAACAUCCGGCGGACGCUCUACGCGUGUCCAGUGCUGGUUACGGCCUCUGUUGAACCUCUGGUUUGCGCGGGACCUGCGACGCUCUCCCAAAGUGAUUGUGGGAUAUCCCCGUGUCCGCUUCUGUACUGCUGCCGUUCGUGUUGUCCUGUAAUCGCAAUGCAUAUAUCAGUUGUUCUUGUUGUUCG